AUGGGACGUACCCCGCCUGACUUCUUUGGCACCAAGAACAUCAAAAUCCCAGCGUCCUCCAAGAACCAAACAACCAAUCGACUGGCGGUGCACGAAUUCCCCCGACCGGAGCACAGGAAAUCAACAGAACGUCCAGAACACGGGACCGUAGGACGCGCUGGGAACAUCAGAAUUACGGACUCCGAACACACACGUCAGCAGGCACCCCAACAGGCACAACCACAAUCCGGUGGCUCCCGAGGGACGGCGCUGGAUUUGGGCACCAAUGCGCACAUGUCACGGUCUGAUCCUGGACAUCAGCGGCCCGGAGCCACGUGCUCAGUCCAGUACUGGAACGUCUCCCCCGGCGGCAGCACUCCGUCACACCAGUCCUUGACAGUCACCCCAGCCGAGAAGAGCCUCAGAACAGCACAGGCCACACCAUCACUCCAGUCCCACAUCAACACAAAACUAUGGCGAGACCAUAUUGGCGCCUGGCACCGUCAGGAACUAAUCCUGUUGAUCGACCAUCGCCAACAUGGGGUGGGGGUUCAAGCACUUCAGGAACUAAUCCUGUUGAUCGACCAUUGCCAACGUGGGGUGGGGGUUCAGGCACCUCAGGAACUAAUCCUGUUGAUCGACCAUCGACAACAUGGGGUGGGGGUUCAAGCACCUCAGGAACCAAACCUGUUGAUCGACCAUCGACAACAUGGGGUCAGGGGUCAAACUCAGGAACCAAACCUGUUGAUCGACCAUCGCCAACAUGGGGUGGGGGUUCAAGCACUUCAGGAACCAAACUUGUUGAUCGACCAUUGCCAUCAUGGGGUGGGGGUUCAAGCACCUCAGGAACUAAUCCUGUUGAUCGACCAUUGCCAACAUGGGGUGGGGGUUCAAGCACCUCAGGAACUAAUCCUGUUGAUCAACCUUCGCCAACAUGGGGUGGGGGUUCAAGCACCUCAGGAACUAAUCCUGUUGAUCGACCUUCACCAACAUGGGGUGGGGGUUCAAGCACUUCAGGAACCAAACCUGUUGAUCGACCAUCGACAACAUGGGGUGGGGGUUCAAGCACUUCAGGAACCAAACUUGAUCGACCAUCGACAACAUGGGGUCAGGGGUCAAACUCAGGAACCAAACCUGUUGAUCGACCAUCGCCAUCAUGGGGUGGGGGUUCAAGCACCUCAGGAACUAAUCCUGUUGAUCGACCUUCGCCAACAUGGGGUGGGGGUUCAAGCACUUCAGGAACUAAUCCUGUUGAUCGACCAUCGCCAACGUGGGGUGGGGGUUCAAGCAUCUCAGGAGCUAAUCCUGUUGAUCGCCCUUCGCCAACAUGGGGUGGGGGUUCAAGCACUUCAGGAACCAAACCUAUUGAUCGACCAUUGCCAACAUGGGGUGGGGGUUCAAGCACUUCAGGAACUAAUCCUGUUGACGACCAUCGCCAACGUGGGGUGGGGGUUCAAGCAGCUCAGGAACUAA